UCUCGCUGUAGGCGGCGUGGCGACUUAUCUCACCGACAAGGGCUUCUAUGUAAACUGAGGCAAAACUAAUACAGAUGAAACUCAAGAGCACAUUCACAAAAAAUGCUGGCAAUUUUGAUUGCUCCAGGAGACGCGGAAUCCUCGGGAGCAACACGCGCCUGCACAUGUGGUCUAUUCUUUAUUUUUGUUAUUUAAAGUAAGAUUGUUGAUGCUUGGAAUCAGAGUGCUGCAUUGCAUAGUGACUUGUCCGGCUAUGUUUAAUUGAUUAUAUUACAAUAUAAUAUUAUUAUACUGUUGCGCAAUAUUGUAACCCAAUAUAGGCUUAUUUCGUUUAAGGCAGUGGUACUGUUUGUUUUCAAUAGUGCGUAGUGCCUAUUUGUGCAGAAAUGAGGAAUCCACAUCUACUCAGCGAUGGCUGGAAGACAAUCAAUGCAAAGGAUGCAACUGGGAAUAAAAAGUUUAAACGGAAAGGUCGGGACCCAAAACGUGUCACCAGUGACGAGGUCAAACAUUACCAAUAUGAUUCAAUAAUGGACGACGAUUCUAUGGGGGAACUGAUGGAAGAGACAUGUAGAAACAUUGUCCAAAAAAGACUGCAAGACCCUAGUUCAGUUCUAUCUGUGGAGAAAUCCAUAAUUACAUCUGGAAACCCGAAUACUGCUAUUGACAUGAGGAUAAAUGCUUUACCAUCAACAGUUACUGGGAAGCUCCCAUCAUCACAGUCACAGCCUUUAUCCGAGUCAACACCGACAAGCAGAGACUCUUUUAACAGCACAUUCCCACAGGUUACAAGUUAUGGCCAUCAACAGUCAUUUGGGUCCGAUCACACAUUACAGUCCCGGAUCGUCCUGUGCCAGCGCUCCGAGAAGUCCCUCUCCUCAGCCUCUCAGACCGCCUACAUCAAUAGCAGCGACCCGGUUGAAUCGCCAAGGAAACGGCUAGCAGAAACUUCUGGCGUCGUCACUGAGAUCAAAGCCGUUCAGCAGACACGGAGGCUACUGGCGAAUGCCAGAGAGAGGACCCGGGUGCACACCAUCAGUGCAGCCUUUGAGGCGCUGAGAAAGCAGGUAUUAACACUGAAUUCACUAAACAAACAAUCUGUACAAUGAUGCCUCUUGUUCAGAAUGUGAUGUUAAUCUGAGCUAAGAGUAACUAGUUGCAUUUACAUGCCCAUUUCAGUAUGCCACUGUAUGGAGAUAUGGAAAUUAUGAAUAAUAAUAUAGCCUACUUGAGUAUGAAUGUAGGCUAAUAUAGCCCACUUGAGUAUAAAUUGUAUGGCCCCUUCUAUAGAUAGUUUAUUAAAUGAAUUUGAGUGUCAAUAAUUUACAAUUUGGUAUUAUUGACAUUAUGUUCAAAAUAUGUGCUCCGUUUGCUACAUUAAAGAUAUGAGAAAGAACAGUCUGUAAGACAUGUCAGUCCAAACUGUUCUACAUACACAAUUAUUUGGCCGGCCCCCAAAAAACAUGUUCCCCUUCUGUAGGCCUAUGUAAUAGUCUAUUCAUGUCAUUUUAUAUGCAACAAAAAUAUCAGUGCAAAUCAUAUCCACAUGACACCUCUCAUAAUGACAGAAAAAUAUGUUGAAUGCAUAUGAAACAGGGAACAGGUUUGUUAAUGACAAAGCUCUUCACACUCUAUUAACUCCAGUAGGUCUGUUACUAGUAGGUGUAAUAUGAAAUAUCAAUGUCAACUACAGCUAUCUCUUAGUUGACCAAAUCCAACAUGGAAUAUCAAUCCUUUGAAAACAAAAUCAGGGAAGUUGUCGUUGUGAACCCUUUUUACUGCGUCAUGUCAUCACCAGCUGCUUUGGCACUUAGAAAGAUAUGGUGGAAAACGGUCACCUGACACCAGCAAUAGUAUCUCGAACAUGUAUACCAUAGCCUAACUGAAAACGUCCUCAGCUUGGUUCUACCAUCGUCUCAUAUCAGUAUGAUGGGCCUCUUUAACCUAAUCAAACUUUAACCCUAUACAGGUGCCCUGCUACUCCUAUGGACAGAAGUUGUCAAAGCUGGCUAUAUUAAGAAUUGCCUGUAACUACAUCCUGUCGCUGGCUCAGCUGGCAGACCUGGACUACACCCCAGAUCAUGGCAACAUGAGCUUCAGAGAGUGUGUGGAGCAGUGCACCCGCACCCUGCAGGCUGAGGGACGCUCCAAGAAGAGAAAGGUAAAUUGGAUCUAGGGAAGAGGAGGAGGGAGGGGGAUGCAGUAUUUAGGCUACUGUCCGACGAUGGUCUGGCCUGAGAUUUUAUCCUGUGCAUGUGUUAUUUGGCUGAAGGCCUCAUGCAGCAAUGACUAGGUGGGGUGAGACAUUGACAUGAAAAUGGACUCCUGCAAGUGAAAAGUACUCAAGCACACAUUUGGAGACAUUGCUGAGGCAUUGCAAUAAGUUUGCUUUAAAGUUCAAGGCUAUCAAAAGAAGAGCAAGGCCUCUGAGGCAUCAGUAGUUACAGAGAGGGAAUGGAAAGCCAAGUCAAAGCCAGCUUCUCCUUCAAACGUGUUUAUUGCAAUAUAGCAUAUCAAUAACAUGAAACAUAUUUCAGUGGAUUCAACUAUGCUUAUAAACAAGGCCAUUGAUAAAGAGCAACAGGUGACCAUACAAGACCAAUGAAAUAAUUGGUCAUGGAUAUUUGACUUUAAAAUAAAGCUAAAUGAAUGGAGCUUUUCUUUCUGCUAGUUUAACAUCUCUCCUCCUACACUGUCAUGUCACGUGCUAACAAAUCUAUAAGACAUUUUAGAAUGACUGGUAAAUUGAUGACAUCACAGCAUUGAAAACUUAGCAGAAUCACGUUAUUUAUUUAUUCUAUUUGACAUUUUGCAGGAUGAAAUCUCUUGAGAUGCACCAUCUCGUUUUCAAGUUGUUGUACAACUACUAAUAGGCCUACAAGUAAUAACACCUACUAAUACAACUACUGCUACAACUACUAAUACAAUUAAUAAAACUACUGCUACAAUUACUAAUAAAACUAGUGCUACAACUACUAAUACAACUAAUAAAACUAAGUACCUAUAAUAUAUACAUACAUAUUUACAAAUAUCUUCACAUGGUGAUGUUUCUAUUAGUUAUAAUACAAACAUUUUGAUUUUAAUGCCCUGAUUUCUAUAGGUAAAUUAUUCCAGUCAGUUGGGUCUUUGUAUCUGAAAGAUAACCUGCUGCGUAACUUCUCCUAACCUGCCACGUAAAGUCACUUCUGCUAGUCAAAACCGGCAGAUCUGCCCUAUCCACUAAUGCGAUACAGCAAAAACUUCCCUUUGACUUAUCAGGAAGCUGCAAAUAGAAAAACAUGGGGCAGUGUGACAGACAGAGGGAUGGUAUUUCUAACAAUAACAACAACAAAAGAGGGAAGAACACUCUCUCCAAUUAAGAAGGCCAUUCCUUUGCCUACUAAGAAUCCCAUUCAAUUAAAUCAUCAUCAACUCGUGUUUGAAAGGGAACUGGGUGUUUUGCCAGUUUCUUGUCCAGAACAGAAUAAAAAGUGCCCCUGGUGAAUAAAAGGGGUGAUUGAUGCCUUUGUGUUUUAUGACACUGGGAGUCAUGUAAACUGAGGCUGAACUUCCUCCAGCUCUCUUCUGGAUCCACACGUCUCCAUGGCCUCUCUAUAAAUCAACAAGGUUUUUAAUGCAUGGAUGAGACCCAAGUAUGGAGAACGUUCAUUUACACAUUUAACCUCUUAACACUGUUCUAUCAAUUACUCUCCCUCCAAUUCUUCAUCUGUCCUCUGUCAGUCAUCUCCUCCUCAGUUCUUCAUCUGUACCCUGUCAGACCUCUCCUCCUCCCAGUUCUUAAUCUGUCCCCUUUCAGUCCUCUCCUCCUCCCAGUUCUUAAUCUGUCCCCUUUCAGACCUCUCCUCCUCCCAGUUCUUAAUCUGUCCCUUUUCAGUCCUCUCCUCCUCCCAGUUCUUAAUCUGUCCCCUUUCAGUCCUCUCCUCCUCCCAGUUCUUAAUCUGUCCCCUUUCAGUCCUCUCCUCCUCCCAGUUCUUAAUCUGUCCCCUUUCAGUCCUCUCCUCCUCAGUUCUUCAUCUGUCCCCUGUCAGACCUCUCCUCCUCCCAGUUCUUCAUCUGUCUCCUUUCAGUCCUCUCCUCCUCAGUUCUUCAUCUGUCCCCUGUCAGACCUCUCCUCCUCCCAGUUCUUCAUCUGUCCCCUGUCAGUCCUCUCCUCUGUCACUUCAUCUCUCUCAUUUAUUCUCCAGAUUCUUCUGUUACCCUCUCAUCCAUUCCCCCCCCCUUUCCUCCCAUCUUUCAUGGUGAAACAACAUUAUAAUUGAAUCUACAUUUUAAACACACUUUUAGUCAUAUCUGGAAAGUAAUGUAAUUUAAUGUUUUAAAUGUCAUUUGGGAAACGUACUAGAGGAUUACAGCGACUGUUCACCUAUUGCCAAAACUCAUAACAUAACAUAGGAACAUCAUAUAAUAGGUUGAUUACCCUGAAUAUUCAUUAAAGUAUUGAUUAGCAAAAAAUAAAACAACUUACAAAUUGUAUUUAACUUGAAAGAGCUAUUCUAAUCUAUACAUUUUGUAAAUUGCAAAUUACAUCAAACUUUAAAAGGUUGAUGCAAACAUUUUAAACACUUCUUAAAGAAAAAAAGAAAAGAAAAGUUGUCUAAAAUAACACAAUGGUGAAUUAGGUGUUUGUUCAUAGAUUACAUAUCCAACAUAAUUACAUGCAUGUAACUUUUCCCUGCACUCCCAGUUCUCUGCUCACUCUAGCUCUCUUUCCCUCACUGGGAGCUAAUGUGUUUCCCUAGCAUAAAGCACAUUCAAUAGCUGAACGGUUGUUUUCCUGGCAGUCCCAGACACCAGAUGUUCGUAACGCUAGUUGGGAAGUCCUGCUGGCGCCACUCAGGGCAGAGGGCAGGGUGAAGGCACGCGAGCUGGAGCCCAGAGAACUCACUCGCUACAGGAAUUGGCACAUUCCCCAGUGCGGUGCUGGCACAUUCCCCAGUUCUCCCCUGGCCAUCUGUUCCAAAAAAACACUUUGAAAAAAAAAUACACUGAUCAUCACUCUCUCAGGAUACAGCACUGAGCAGCAGCUGUUACAGAGGCCGGGGAGAGCGAGGGAGAGAGAGGGAGGGGGAGAGAGGGAGGCAGGGGGAGAGAGGGGUGGGCUCUGUAAGAAAGAAAUCCCUUUGUCAGAGAGAGCCAGUGAGUCUAAGGGGAAACUUUUGAGGGGAUAAAAUGCAUACUGAUUAAAGACAUUUAGAACUUAUUCCUGCGCUUGUUUAAAGCCCUGAACUCUGCUCUGAAUUCACUUAGUGUCUACUUGUUGGAACUCUUUUUCAAUAACAUUUAAAAUGGAAAUGGAAUCAUAAACACUAAACAGUUAAGUUUUAAAAGUCAAGUCUUCAACAAAAACUGACAGCAUCAAGUCAUAAACAAAUGUUAAAAUUCCCUAGCAUGUGUUAAAGAUGGGAAAGAAGGAUCUGUCUCUUUGUAGAAACACAAUAAGGAAAAUGUUUUGGUUGGUUUGCAUCCAACGCUAAAGAGAGGGUGAAAGAAUGUUGUUGUGGCCCACUCAGUUCUAUGCUGCAUCUGAUCUGACCAAGCAGUUCCUUUACUGGAAUGGGUUAUAUUCUUCUACCCCUUGUAUUUACAUAGACAACUCGGCACCUAUGAAGUCAUCGGAUAUGCAUGCUUUAUUUUUACAGUUCUAUUUGUAUGCAUCCCACCACCUCUUGAUAUGCACCCACAGGAGAUUGUUUUCAAUGCUUGAUACAUGCUUUUAUGUCUUUUUAUAGGAGUAAAAUUCUCACAGCAUCGGUGGAGUGAGCCAGACUUUAUAACAAGGCCCUUGAACAAAAUAAACUCUUCACAGCUGUUAUUGAGGUUAUUCAAGGCCACUCCUGGAGGAGACUACAACCAAUCACUUAGACAUACAGUAUGAUGGACCUAAUUUCAUAGGCCUACUUGAUACCUGUUGAGCUAGCAAAAAUAUCAAGAAUCUCCAGUUAUGGAUAUGUUUCUGCCUGUCAUGAAUUGGAAUGAAUCUAAUUCGGUUUAUGUUUGAACAGUUAAAAGUGGGAGACAGCAUUGGAUGUUCUUUAAGCAAACAAGCAAACAUGCCUGGUGGAUGACAUCAGAUUGUUCAAUCAUAUGACAAUUGGAGGCAGAGACAGCAGUAAUUAUAACAGUGAUUAUAACAGUUUUAUUCAACUAUGAACCCCAAUGCCUUUUCAAUGACAUACAAGUUGUUGUUUUUGUUGACAGUAUGAUUGGUAAUUCCUGCUUGAUGGAAGCUACAGUAACUAGUGAAAGUGCUAGUAACAUAUAUUUGAUUACAACAUAACUUGAAAUGACACAGUAAUGGUAUUUUAUUCCAACUCUUUUUAUGUGUUGAAGUAUGAAUGAGGUAAAAUUGGUUAUUGUCUGCUACCUGAGCUCAGUAUUUAAAAACAUUUAAAAGUGACCUCCUUUUCCCUUUCAGCUGGCCCUUUCUAAUGACAAAUCUCUGACUGUUGUGUGCUCAUCAAGUACUUUUUAACCAAAAAUAAAGGAACUGUUG